AUGGUCAAAGCCAAUGGCCUGUUGGCCCUCCUCGUUGGCAUUUCUGCAUACCAUGUAGAAGCCCGAGGCUCCUCCCGUGGUAAAACCAAGUACACCCUCGAUAAUAUCCUUCCUUUGACGGACCCGAGCUCCGGUCUUGUUAAGUGUUGCCCGGAGGGAACCGAAUUCGACGGUCAGGCCUGUGUCCUUGGUGUACCUACCUGUCCGGAGGACUUCAUUCGCAAGGAUAACAAGUGUGUCUCGAAGUUCAAGCCUAUCUGCCCCGAUGGAAGCGAAUAUGACGGCAACCUUUGUGUGUCUGAUGGACUCCCCACUUGCCCGCCCCCUACCACCCUAAAGGGUAACUCGUGUGUGGCUGGACCACCAACCUGCCCUUCUGGCCUUGAGUACAACGGCAAGGUAUGUCAAUCGAAGCAACUCCCGGCGUGCCCUACAGACUACACCUUCAAUGGCAAGACCUGUGUCAGUGUCAAGAAGCCUCAAUGUCCUGAGGGACUGAAGCUUGGCGACGGGAAGUGUAUCAGUGUCGGCUCUCCGGUCUGCCCUGCUGGCGCAGAGUACAACGAAAACCUUGGACUGUGUGCCUCUGUCGUUGAGCCUGGGUGCGAUGAAGGAAGUCAACUCAAGAACGGCGAGUGCGUGUCUGAUACUCCACCAUCCUGUCCCGAGGGCGGGAAUUUCAACCCUACCACAGCGAAAUGUACCUCCGCCGAGAAACCGACAUGCCCUCCUGGCUCCGAACUGGAUCUACACUCUCAGAAGUGUGUGCUUAGUGAGGAGGCUGACUGUCCUCCCGGUAGCGUCCUCUCUACUGAUCUUGCUUCUGGUGUUGCCCGUUGCUGUCCUAAUGGUAUGGCUUGGAAUGGUGACGUCUGUCUCUUCGAAACUGAUUCGAGCGGCAAAUGCCCCCCUGGCCUCACUCAGGUGGGCAAGUACUGCCACAAGCAAGCUACCAAGAUUCCCCAAUGCCCUCCUGGCGCGAAGCUGGAUGGUAGCCGCUGUGUUCUGACGGAGCUUCCUGAAUGCCCUCCAGGUCACAUCCUCGAAGGAUCCACUUGUGUUAUGAUCGAGAAGCCGGAAUGUCCCCCUGGUUUAACACUGUCCGGGGGCAACUGCAUUUCGACCGUUGAAAUUAGCUGCCCGGCUGGAACCAGGUUCGAGAAGGGUGUUUGCACCAGCGUCACCCCACCCACCUGUGAGGACGGAUUCGUUUUUGACGGCACUAACUGCGUCUCCACCACCCACAUCCCCAUUUGUCCUGAGGAGGGCCACACUUUAGACGGUGAGGAAUGUCUCAUUCCGCUCAUGCCCACCUGCCCUGAAAAUACAGCCUUCGAUGGUACCCGUUGUGUUUCCACCAUCUCUCCUUCCUGCCCAUCCGGCUCUGUCCACAAUGGUCAGGGCGACUGUCUGACAACCUCCGUCCCUCAAUGCCCUCCAGGAUCUACUUUGCUUGGUGGUGGCUGCGUCGUUGGCGUUCCUGCCUGCCCCAAGGGCACAGUUUGGGACUCCAAGCAGUGCAUCAGUCCCAAGGAUCCCGAAUGUCCCCCAGACCACAAGUGGAGCAACGGAAAGUGUCUCAACCUAGUUACCGUGGAAUGUGAGCCUGGCUACGCCUUGGUCAAUGGCGAAUGUGUCUCCGACAGUAAGCCAGAGUGUGCCCCAGGAACCACUUUCAACGGUCAGGAAUGUGUUGGUGACGUACCCAACUGUCCCGAGGGACUUGUCUUUGAUGGGGAGGACUGUGCCCAUCCCGAGGAACCUGCUUGUCCCGCUGGAAUGAAGUUCAACGGCAAGAAGUGUGUAGCUGAGAAGCCGCCUUCUUGCCAGUCUGGCACCACCUUCGACAAGAAGACGAAGGAAUGUGUGGCUGUUGAGCCCCCUCAGUGUCCCCCCGGUCAGGUCUUCAAUGGAAAGAACUGUGCCCUGGCAUCUGGUGACUGUAUGAGCUUCGAGUACUGUCCUGUUAUGGGCGGUCUUUCCAACGGCGGCCUUACUACCGGUGGCCCUUCUACCGGCGCCGAGGAAUGUCCUGAAGGAACUGUGUAUGAUAAGUAUACCGGCAUGUGUGCUGAUUGGUGA